AUGAAGUUGAACAUUCUGACACUUACCACUCUCCUGGCCUGGGUCUCUGCCGCACCACAGGACCCCCAAGUGCCCCCAGUCUCAACCUCCAUCACCACAAUCACCGUCAAAGGCCAGCCGCCCGCGCCCACCGAACCCAUACCGAACAACCCCGGCCCGGAUCCUGCUCCCGCUCCCGCCCCCGUCCCCGCUCCCGCGCCGGCUCCCUCCGACCCAUCGCAGCCUUCACCCGCCCCCGGCGGCGCCCACUGCGUCUGCGGCGCAACAUACUGCGGCAAAGUCCUCGUCGGCUUCCAAGGCUACACAACCGAACAAGUAGGCCAAGGCUACUGCGCAACCCCAGGCACAAACUGCGCCGCCGCCGCCCCCGCCGUCGAGUCCCUCGAAAACACCCUGUUCGUCUGCAUCUGCGCGCCGGGCCAAAAGACGGGCUCCGCCAUCGAGCUCAUCUGCCCCUGCCAGGGCCGCUGCAAGAACGACGAGCCCGACUUUAUCGGCCGUUGCGAGACGCCUUGUAACCUCGGCUGCGCUGCCGCUUCUGCCGCGCCGUCGUCAGUGCCGUCGUCGCCGAGUAUGAGCGCUUUUGCGGGGAUUCCCGCUGCGCCACCUGCUGCUGCUAGAAGACGGUUGUAA